GUCGCCCCGGCCGCCGACCUGGAAGCCCAGAUCCUGGACGCCGCCCGCGCCACCCCCCGGCGGAGCAGCAUCAUUAAGGACCCUGCAAACCAAAAAUGUGGAAGGAAGAAGACAGUAUCUUUCAGCAGCAUGCCAUCAGAGAAGAAAAUAAGCAGCGCAAGUGACUGUAUCAGCUUUAUGCAAGCUGGCUGUGAACUCAAGAAAGUCCGACCGAGCUCCCGUAUUUAUAACAGAUUUUUUACUCUUGACCCUGAUUUGCAAGCACUUCGCUGGGAACCGUCUAAGAAAGAUGUUGAGAAAGCUAAACUUGAAAUUUCUGCUGUAAAAGAGAUCCGGUUAGGUAAAAACACUGACACGUUUAGGAACAAUGGCCUUGCAGAUCAGAUUUCAGAAGACUGUGCCUUUUCUAUCAUUCACGGGGAGAAUUAUGAGUCGCUAGACCUGGUUGCCAAUUCAGCAGAUGUGGCCAACAUUUGGGUGUCCGGUUUGAGGUACCUGGUUUCUCGUAGCAAACAAGCGUUGGAUUUGAUAGACGGUCAUCAGAAUACUCCCCGGUUUGCAUGGCUUAGAUCUGUGUUCGAAGCGGCAGAUGUUGAUGGCAAUGGGAUCAUGUUGGAAGAUACAGCGGUAGAAUUGAUAAAACAACUCAACCCUGCCUUAAAGGAGUCAAAGAUCAGGUUAAAAUUUAAGGAAAUCCAGAGGAGCAAAGAGAAGCUGACAACCCGUGUAACACAGGAGGAAUUUUGUGAAGCGUACACUGAACUUUGCACUAGACCAGAAGUUUAUUUUUUGCUUGUGCAGAUCUCUAAAAAUAAAGAAUACCUGGAUGCAAAUGACCUCAUGCUUUUUUUAGAAGCUGAGCAAGGAGUGAUGCACAUAACUGAAGAAAUGUGUCUUGAUAUUAUUCACAGGUAUGAAUUUUCUGAGGAAGGACAGUUGAAGGGUUUUCUUGCAAUUGACGGAUUUACCCAGUACUUGUUGUCCCCAGAAUGUGAUAUUUUUGAUCCCGAGCAUCAAAAGGUUGUCCAAGACAUGACUCAGCCUUUAUCACAUUACUAUAUCAAUGCAUCUCACAAUACGUACCUAGUAGAAGACCAAGUACGAGGGCCAGCAGAUAUCAACGGUUAUGUCAGGGCGUUGAAGAUGGGCUGUAGAAGUAUUGAGCUGGAUGUUUGUGAUGGUCCUGAUGACGAGCCCAUCAUUUGCAACCGCAAUAGCAUGACAUCUUCUCUUGCCUUUCGCCACGUCAUCGAGGUAAUCAACAAAUUAGCUUUUGUUUCUUCCGAGUACCCUCUCAUUCUCUGCUUAGGAAACCAUUGUUCUGUAGAACAACAGAAGGUGAUGGUUCUGCAGCUGAGGAAGGUCUUUGGAAACAAGCUUUACACAGAUACUCCAUUAUCGUCAGAAGCAUACCUCCCAUCCCCAGAGAAAUUAAAAAUGAAGAUCAUCAUUAAAGGGAAAAAGUUGCCAUACGGUCAGGAUUUGCUAGAGGGUGAGGUUACAGAUGAGGAUGAAGAAGCUGAAAUUUCUCGAAGAAUGUCAGAAGAAUCCUUGUGGGAACCAAAGACGACCUGGUUAUGUAAGGGGCUCUCUGAUAUGGUGUCUAUAUGCAAAUCUGUCAAGUUCACAGAUUUUGAGAGCUCCAUGAAAAGCCAGAACUAUUGGGAAAUCUGCUCCUUCAGUGAAUCAGAAGCUAGUAAAAUUUCAAAUGAGUAUCCAGAGGACUUUGUAAACUACAACAAGAAAUUUCUGUCUAGAAUAUACCCUAGUGCCAUGAGAAUAGAUUCCAGUAACGUAAACCCGCAAGAUUUUUGGAAUUGUGGCUGCCAAAUAGUAGCAAUGAACUAUCAAACACCAGGACCAAUGAUGGAUUUACAUACGGGAUGGUUUCUACAAAAUGGGGGCUGUGGUUAUGUCCUUAGACCUUCUGUUAUGCGAGAAGAGGUCUCAUAUUUUAGUGCAAAUACAAAAGGCAUCGUUCCAGGGGCCUCUCCUCAAGUUUUACACGUCAAAAUCAUCAGCGGUCAAAAUUUUCCAAAGCCCAAAGGAGCAUGUGCCAAAGGGGAUGUGAUAGAUCCCUAUGUGUGUAUUGAAGUCCAUGGUAUUCCCGCAGACUGUGCGGAACAGAGAACUAAAACGGUUCAGCAGAACACCGAUAACCCUAUUUUUGACGAGAGCUUUGAGUUCCAGAUCAAUCUGCCCGAACUUGCCAUGAUCCGUUUUGUAGUACUAGAUGAUGAUUAUAUUGGUGAUGAAUUCAUCGGCCAAUAUACUGUCCCCCUGGAAUGCCUACAGCCUGGCUAUCGGCACGUACCGUUGCGUUCCUUUGUGGGAGAAAUCAUGGAACAUGUGACGCUUUUUGUUCACAUUGCAAUAACCAACCGAAGUGGUGGAGGGAAGGCCCAAAAGCGCAGUCUGUCCGUGAGAAUUGGGAAAAAAACAAGAGACUAUACCAUGCUGCGGAACACCAGCCUUAAAACCAUAGAUGACAUCUUCAAACUCGCAGUCCAUCCCUUAGGAGAGGCCACUGACAUGAGGGACAACAUGCAGAAUGCGAUUGUAUCUGUUAAAGAGCUCUGUGGACUCCCGCCAAUCACCAGUCUGAAGCAAUGCAUUUUGACCCUGUCCUCGCGGUUGGUGAAUAGUGACAAUGUCCCCUCCGUGGCUCUCAACAUGAAAGACAACUUUCCGUACCUGGAACCUCUGGGGACACUAACUGAUGUGCAGAAGAAGGUCCUAGCUGCUUAUGACCUGAUGAUUCAAGAGAGCAAGCUUCUGAUAGAAACAGCAGACGCUGUUUAUGACAAGAUUGUUCAGUGCCAGAAAACAGGAAUGGAAUUCCACGAAGAGCUUCAUAACCUGGGAACGAAGGAAGGUCUAAAAGGGAGAAAGCUCAGCAAAGCCAUUGAAAGUUUUGCAUGGAAUAUCACUGUGCUUAAGGGCCAAGGCGAUCUCUUGAAGAAUGCCAAGAACGAAGCCCUCGAGAACAUGAAGCAGAUCCAGCUGGCUUGUUUGUCAUGUGGACUGAGCAGAGCGGGCAGUGGAGCCGUGGACGCCAAGUCUAAGCGCUCCCUCGAGGCGAUCGAAGAAAAGGAGACGGGGGAUGAGAACGGGAGACUGUGAAUGAAGCCGGAGCGGUCUGCAAUGUCCUGUGAUUCAAUAGCUCCCAAUUAUUUUUUUAAAGCCUUUAAAACACAGAUCACACUAGAAUGCCCUCUCCAGGCUGCCAGCAGUAUUAAAAAUCCUCACGAUGCCUGUGUUUUUAUCGUAGUUCAUUUAUCUAAGUUUAGACUCUGGCAAUGACAUUUCUAAUGAAUCCAUGGCCUGUGUGUGUCUGUUUGUGUGAGGAGACCCUGCCAAAGCUCUACCAUGAGCUCCCUCCUUAGCUCUUUUCCUUAUUUAUUAUUUUAGCAUCCUCGGUCAGGUUUUUAUCAUUCUUAAGCUUUGAGCAGAGAAAGGAAAGAAUGCAUUGAUUUUAUGCUCCCGUGUAACAGGUUGGUGUCCUGAAUGACAAGUUCUAAUGCAGCGUAGCCCUUCAAAUGCUGUUAGAUGGAUUUUAAUCAGCAAAAAGAAACCCUGCCUUCUUUUAUUGGACCAGAUUAAUAAUGGAUUCCUCAGCAUAGUAGGCCAUAAUAAAUAAUUGAUUGGCGCAUUAAAUUAAGUUGAUGAAAUAUUAAACAGCCAGAAUUUUUGAAGGAUUGCAGUUGGAUUUCUGGUGAAUAUUCCAUUGACUCCUCACCCCCAUCAUAGACUGAAAUGCAUUCAUGGAAUACAUAUUAAUGCUAGAAACAGGUGAGAGUUUCAUUCAUGAAAUUCCGGGCUAGGUUUGAGCUCUGCAGAACAUGCAUAGCAAAGGGCCGAGGGAUUUUUUAGUAUUGAGGCUUCGCGAGCCCUAACAGUGAUCUUUAGUAAUUAUGGAGUAUUUCCUGGUGCCGUUAUCGGAAGGAAGAUUAGGCACGCUGCAAGCUUGAGUGAAACUUCACUCCGCUUUCUUUUUAUGCGUGAAUUACUCUGCGUAACAGCAAGGACCGCUUUUCACAGUACUGCGGCUCCAGCACCCUCUGUCGAGUCACAUGUGUGAAGUGUCAGAAAAAGUAACAUGCGAGUGGCAACCUUGGCUGUUUGAGCAGCAGAAAAACUUGGGACUUGCAAGCCUCCGGCCACUCUUUUGCCAUUCUUGAGCCUUCGGUCUUCAUGAUACAUACUGUCAUUCUCUCAGCAUUUCUUUUGUGUAUCUUCACAGAUUACUGCAAAGGGUGAGAACUUCUCUAAGUCCUUAAAAUGUAAAAAGAUCAGCAGUCUUAAAGCAAAGAGUUAAGAGCCUUAUUUUAUUAUGUCCAAGGGCAAGUUUGCACAGCCAGGUUGGGUUGGGUUGAGCAGACCAGGGUUGAGAGGCAUUUGUGGCCAAGCUGUCAUGUGACUUCUUCACAAUACUUCACAUGACCAUGCUUAUUUUGUGAAGUGCCUUGAGCAUCGAAGGUGCUGUCUGAACAGCAAAUUUCCCAUGUUGUUGCCAGAGAGGCGCUGAGUUGCAGGACAGUAAAUAUGGGCUGUCAGGGCUCGCUGCAGACGCCGCUGGGCGGGGUGCUGGCAUGCCUGGCUCCGACUUCAGGGAGUGUGAGGGAUACUGCAGGACCCUGCUCUGUGGAAGGAGGGACGGUAUACCUCACCCUGACUCCCUCUCAGUCCACUCGCUGGCCUGCUCAACCUGACCCCAUCACCACUCUUACUGUCCUCCAUCUCCUGCUUCAUUAACUUGCCUCCUCACAUUCUUUUGCUUCUCUCCACUCCUCCUACACAACCCACCAUGCCAUGUGGGUGGACUUCCCUUAUAUCCUGCCCCUCAUCCCAGGCUCCACCUACCAGGCCACACCCCUCUUGCCUUCCAGCAGUGGCCUGGGCUGCCUCAAGCCGUUGCAGCUGGGGUAACUAAUUUGGCUGCGUUGGACAGCUACAGCUGUGCUUUCUUGGCUGGCUGCCAAGUUUCCUCUGUUCUGAACUUCCAAUAGCCUCAGCUGAUCUCUGUUACUCCCUUCCUCCCUGUUUGCAGCUUGGGGCGUGGCCCUGUGCUGCUUCUGCUGUCCCGACGGUAAGGUAGCUGUCUGGCUGGCUGCCCCUAUUUCUUGUACUUUCUCCCUCUGUCCUGGCCCCCUCCUGGCUGUCCUUACUUCCCCUGUCAGGGCCCUUAGUCUCCUACUGGAGGGUGGGGCUGGCUGGCUUCCACCUCCUCCUUCUGAUCCUCUGGGGUUCGGGAGCUGCUCCACCUUCCUGUGGCUGGGUUGCCUCUUUCUCCCCUAGGGCUUGGGCAAGGGCUUCCAGUACCUCUACCCCCUUGUAGGCACACCUUGUAGGUGUGGGUUUCUGUUGCCCUUUGGGGUGGGGUUGGGUGGCAUGCCCCUGGCUGGUCUCUCCCUCUGGCUCCCUUUUCCCUUCCCUUUCUGCUGGCUGGAGCUGCACCCCCUCCCAGGGGCUUCCUGCGCCUGCCACUGGCAUCCCAUCAGCUUUCAGGUAAGGGGGCUGGGGCAAGUCCGGGGUGCUUCAGGUGCUCAACCCCGGACACGGACCAUUUGUAGUUGUACUGAAUCAGUCAAGCACACAACAAAGCUCGACUCUGAUCUGCUCAAAUCUCGUCAACCCACCGUUUUGAUUGUCUGAAUUAGUCCAAAAGCAUGAAAUCUGAAGCUACCACAACAGAAUUAUCAAGAAAUCCCAUAGCAGAAACAGGCUAGCUUGAGAAACUGAAUGGCUACCAGGAGCUAUCAAUAUCACCUUCCAUAAAAUCCUGUGGAAAUGGUGAGUAUAGUGAGGGUUCUGCUGUCCUCGAUUUGGAUAUUCAUGCAGAAGCUGGAGAUCAGCUACCAAAAAAUUAGUCUCCCAUCUUGUGGUGUCUGGCUUAAAUAGUUUUAAUGGCAUUCUGACAUUUCAGUCUUUCCAAUGCUUGAAUAUGUAUUUGCGUUACCUCUACUAGAAAUGAGUGUUGUAUGGAUAGAAGGAGACUAUAUUUAUUUAAAGCAUUGCUUUUAUUUUGAAAAGCUGUUUUUAAAAUUAAUUUGAUUAACAGAUGUGCUGAUGUUUUCUCAAUAAGCCAAUUGUUGAAAGUUUGAAAAACUUAUAUGCAUUAAGUUAUUUUUUUUCUUUUUUCUUAACACUAUUCUGUUCAUGUUGCACAUUUCUGAGAGUAAA